AUGCUGGGCUGGGAAGAAUAUGUGAGAAGUUUACUCGCAGAUGGGUUAUGCCAAGAUGCAGCAGUAUUUGCAUGCUCCUGUCCCAGGCUGCUGGCUGCCAAAGAGGAAGGGCUGUUUGAACAAAUGAAUCCACAGGAAAUCAAAGUCAUCAUGAGCAGUGACCGGAAGACCUUCCUGGUCAAGGGACUCACCAUUGGUGGCAAGAAGUGCUUUGUCAUCAGAGAUAACUUCCAUGUGGAUGGGGACUAUACUAUGGAUAUCAGGACAAAAAGAUGGGACAGCAACCAUCCUUGCCAUAGCAUAGCCAUUGCCAGGUCUAACAAAGUCUUCAUCAUGAUUAUGGGUAAGAGAGGGGUCCAUGGAGGAACGCUAAAUAAAAAGGCAUUUCAGAUGGCAAACUACAUUAGAAAGUCUGGCUGUUAG